AUGUAUUCGAACGUACAAGAUCGUCUGGCAUCAAACUCAACAAAGAGAAGAGCAUCGUCAGGACUUCCGAAUGAAGUUUUUGGUAUGUUGUACACCUCGAGUUUAGUCAAACCGGAUCCAGAGAAGGUCAUAGCCAUACAGAACAUGGAACAAUGCACCCAAAGAUAAGAAAGUUCUUUGGCAUGCUCAACUAUUUGGCGCCAUUUAAGCCAAACUUGGCAGUCACACGGCAUCAUUGAAGGAGGUAGUCCAGGAUAACGUUGAUCACCCAUGGUGCCUGUCGCAUACAAGAGCUCUUGACAUAAUCAAGUGUCAAAUAAGCACAGAAACUACACUUUCCUACUACCACAGAAGCAAAGCAGUUGUGCUACAAGUAGACCCAUCAAGUAAACGCUUGGGAGCCGUCCUACUCCAAGAGAACAAGUCCAUUGCCUUUGCAUCGAAAGCCCUGACUCCUUCUGAGAGUCGAUACGCCAACAUCGGGCGUGAAUUAUUGGAAGUGGUUAUGGUUGUUAGACGUUCCACACAUACUUAUGUGGAAGGCAAUUUGUUGCGAAAAGUGAUCAUCGUCCUUUGGAACUGAUCCGGUAGAAUAAUCUCGACAUGGCAGAAUGCUGAUACUCUUGCAACCACACCAUUGUAUCAUCAAAUAUAAGCCAGGCAAAGAGAUGGUAAUAGCAGAGAUGGUAAUAGCACACUUUUCAACACAGAACAUGUAAUAGAAAUAGAUUCACUUUUGUACUAUACAAUGGGCAUCUUUUGUGAAACAAAAACCUACUCACUGAAAUUAAUUAACGUUUCUUUGGAAUAUAAUAUUGAUCGUAAUUAUUCGAUACCAAAUUAACUUGCACGCAGUCUGAUUGGUUAAUUGGGUACAAAAAUAUAUAUGUUAUUUACCGUCUGCGAGAUCCGGCUGUCACCAAUGGAGAGAAACGAAAUCCCAGCAAUGCAAGUAAAAAUUCAUCAUCUAGUGCAGUUCUCGCCUGUCGAGCUCCAACAGAUAAGAGAAGAAGCUGCUAAAGAUGGAACUCUUCAAAUCCUUGGCGAGCAAGUUAUACAAGAGUGGCCUGGUAGUAUAAAGAAAACUCAGCAAGCAAUAAAUUCUAUUCAAGAAGGAGUUGAAUAA